AUUCGAGUCCCGCGGCUAACCCCGUCUCAGUCUGGGGGUCCGUUAUCCGUUGCGGCUUCUCCUGUUUAACUCGGGAUUGGGAUCAUUGGGAAGUGUAAUUUUGCGCCAGCAUUCACACUUCUGAUUCACAAUAAUAAACUCUUAGCCACUUUCCUCAUAGAUAAAUAACUGCCACCCCGCGAGCGCCACGACCCAAAUAAUAUGUCCAAGAUUUUCUUUCUUGAGAUGCUGGUGUGCUACUUUCCUUUUAGAUAAACUGCCAGGCAGCGGGCGCCAGAGGAGCCUAACAAAUUGUUCCAAGAUUUUCUUGAAAUAUUACAGUAGUUGAGGGAGUGAGAAGAUUUGUAGUUUAUUGAUUCAAGAAUCGUAUUUAUUGUCGUCUGUUGUAAUACUAUAACUUCAUGGCAUCCAAGAAAUCUUUACACCGUUUCUUGACCGGAGUUUGGAGGGGAAGACAGAUCAGGAGCUUUGGCGCGUUACCAGAAGGCAGCGCUUCUUCAGAAUCUUCUCAACACCUCAUCAACUUGGAGUACAAUUGGCUAUUUUGCAGUUAUCAUCCUAUACCUAUUGUCUUUUCUCAAGCUAAAGGAUCAUCUAUCUGGGAUCCAGAAGGCAACAAGUAUGUAGACUUCCUCUCAGCUUAUUCUGCUGUUAAUCAGGGUCAUUGCCAUCCCAGGAUCAUGAAAGCAUUGGUUGAACAGGCUCAAAAACUUACGCUGAGCUCGAGAGCCUUUUAUAAUGACAGAUUUCCAGUAUUUGCAGAACGCCUGACCAGCAUGUUUGGAUAUGACAUGGUAUUGCCAAUGAAUACAGGUGCUGAAGGCGUAGAAACAGCGAUGAAGUUGGCUAGAAAAUGGGGCUAUCUUAAGAAAAAAAUCCCAAGAGAUGAGGCUAUAAUUGUUUCAUGUUGUGGCUGCUUUCAUGGUCGCACAUUAGCUGCUAUUUCUAUGAGCUGUGACAAUGAGGCAACACGUGGAUUUUGGCCUUUGUUGCCAGGCCAUCUCAAAGUUGAUUUUGGUGACCAGGCAGCACUUGAGAAAAUAUUUAAAGAAAAAGGGGACCAAAUCGCUGGUUUUCUGUUUGAACCUAUCCAAGGGGAAGCAGGGGUUAUUAUUCCUCCGGAUGGUUAUCUACAAGCUGUCAGAGAUCUUUGCUCAAAAUAUAACAUUCUAAUGAUUGCUGAUGAGAUACAAAGUGGAUUAGCACGUUCUGGAAGAAUGCUGGCUUGUGAUUGGGAAAAUGUCCGCCCUGAUGUUGUAAUAUUAGGAAAAGCUUUGGGUGGCGGAGUGUUGCCAGUGAGUGCUGUUCUUGCAGACAAAGAUGUUAUGCUCUGCAUACAGCCUGGAGAGCACGGAAGCACCUUUGGAGGGAAUCCAUUGGCCAGUGCUGUUGCCGUUGCGUCAUUAGAUGUGAUAAGAGAUGAGAGAUUGGCUGAAAGAUCUGCCCAACUGGGAGAGGAGCUCAGGGAACAACUUGUGAAGGUUCAGCGGCAAUUUCCGAACCUCAUAAAGGAGGUAAGAGGUAAAGGUUUGUUCAACGCUGUGGAGCUUAAUAGCAAAGCUUUGUCCCCCGUGACUGCGUAUGACAUAUGCCUGAGGCUGAAAGAGAGAGGAGUUCUUGCAAAGCCUACCCAUGAUUCUAUUAUUCGAUUAACUCCUCCCCUAUCAAUAAGUCUGGAUGAGCUCCAUGAAGGAUCAAAAGCUCUGCAGGCUGUUCUGGAACUUGAUCUAUUGAAGAUGAAGAAAGAGAAGCCAGAAAAUACUACCUCCCAUGCAGCUGUUGACGCGUGUGAUCGAUGUGGGCGCAACUUGUAUGCUUCUUCAUAACUGCUCUAAUAUAAAUCAGGAUAACUAUUCGAGUCAAUCCCGUUUCCUUGCCCCAGUACCUUAAAUUAAUUAACCCGAAGAGCUUACUGCUUUUCGCACGUAUGUUUGGUGUCAGAUACUUGCUUCUUUUGUUAGUUGUAUUACCCUUUGAGAUCUAGAUCUGCAAUAGAAGAUAGAAUUAAGUGACAUGAUCGAGCGGGGGCCCUAGGCGAACCCGGUAUCUCCAAUGGAUUUUGUCUUUAUGGUGACAGAUAAUGUAGUGUGUAAGGUUUUUCUCAACUUA